AUGACGGAAGUAGAGGAACCCCAGUUCUCCACGCUGGCCGAGCGCAUCGCCGCACUCAACAAGCAAAAGAACUUCAGCUCCGGACCGCCCGCCGCAUCCACUCCGCCGCCGAUCGUCCGGUCGUCAUCCGCUGCUUCGACCGCGUCGACCGCCAACACGACGACCACAAACGGCGCCCGUCGUCCGCCGCCCCCACCGCCCACAAAGCCUGCGAUCCCAGCCAAGCCCGCGAAACCGGUUGGGACAAAACCCAUCGUCCCCAAGACAGACGUCUCCAGCCCCAGUUACACCUCGCCGCCGCCCGCUGUGGCUGCGGGUCUCCGCGGCCCACCCCCCAAGCUGCCUCCACGGUCGGCGACGGCCACCGCCACCGUCACCGUGGGUGCGCUGCAGCGCGCCGCCACCUCUGCGUCGCUUGUCGACCGCCGCCCGUCGUCCGAGUCCGUGCGGUCGCACCUGUCGACCAACACGACAUUGAGCCGCGUGUCGUCGGUGACGAGCAACUCGGUGGUCAGCAGCGGCAAUGCAAACGUGGGUGGGCGGAAGCUGCCGCCAGCGUUUGGCACGACCAAGCUGCCGGACCUGCCGCCGUCGAGGCGCGAGCGCGAGGCCAAGGAGCGGGAAGAGGCGGAGCGGCAGAGGGAGGCGCAGGAGCGGCAGCAGGAAGAACGGGAGCAAGAGCGGGAGCGGCAGCGAGAAGAACGCGAGCGCGCUGACCGGGAACGAGACGAACGCCCCCGCGACUGGGACCGACAGAGGGACCAGGACCGCGGCUGGAACGACCGGCAGCGUGACAGCGGACACAACUGGAAUGGCCGCGACAGACGCGACGACGAACGCGCACCGGCACUCCCAUCCCGUCCCGGUGGUGGCCGCCGUCCGCGGUUGGAGGACGACGACGACGAAGGACCGGCCCUGCCGCCACGCCUGCCUCCACGGCGGCCCACAAGCCACUUGGACAACGACAACGACGACGAGGGCCCGGCACCGGCCCUUCCUUCCCGACGCAACACGGUCAAGUCGGCUUUGGACUUGGGUUUCAGCUCGGGCAAGUCGCAGCCCCGACGACCGGGACCCCAGCAAGUUCCGUACGGCAACAACAACAGCAGCAGCUACAAUGACCGUAGGCGGGACGACAUUCCUGAAGAAGACGACGACGCACCUCCACCACUGGCCCCGCGGCCGUCGCGUGCUCUCGUCGACGCCGCGGUCCGCGGCGGCGGCAACAACAACAAAAGCAACAACAAAAACUACAACGACGACAACUCGGAGGAUCGCCCCAGUCUGCCGACCCGACCGCGUCCUCGCGCCAACGGCGGCGGCGGCGGCGGCGGGUUGCCCGGAUUCUACCCCAAGAAGAGCGAAGACGAGGAGUGCAUGAAGUGCCGCGACUUUUCCGGCCCGGACACGGUCGCCGCGCAGUUCCCCAUUGCCCGCCUGCCGCGCCGCGACCCUGUCGGCUACCUGGCCCACAACCUGUGCGACGACUUUCCGUCCGAGACCGACAAGGCCCGCGCCAUCUUUACGUGGUGCCACCACAACAUCGCCUACGACGUGGACGGCUUCUUUGGCGGGUGCAUCCCCCGCGGCCAGUCCAUCGAAGAGCGCAUUUUCUCGGGCAAGGCGGUCUGCGAGGGCUAUGCGCGCGUGUACGAGGCGCUGGCGCUGGCGGCCGGUCUCGAGUGUGUGGUGGUCACGGGCCACGGCAAAGGCUUUGGGUUCCAAACCGUGCGGCCGGGCGACCCAGUGCCGCCCGCCGACCCGACGGGCCACGCGUGGAACGCCGUCCGCAUCGAUGGCGGCGACUGGAAGCUGCUCGACGCCUGCUGGGGCGCCGGCAACGUCAGCGACAAGCGCGCCGAGCGCUACGAGAAAAAGUUCAACCCCGUCAUGUUCACCAUGGACAACGAGACCUUUGGCGAGCGCCACUUCCCCGACAACCCGCGGCACUUUUUCCGCGCCGACGGGCGCGUGCCCACGUGGGCCGAGUACGUCGUGGACAAGCUGGCGGCCGACCCCGUGAUCCUGUACUCCAACGGGCCCCAGCAGUUCAUUGCCCAGGAGUCCAUGGCGCCCGCCAGCCAGGAGAUUGCGGUCAGCCGCGGCGACCCCAACGAGCGCAUUGCGUUCCGGCUCGGCCGCGCGUGCCGCCACUGGACCAUGGCCGAGGGCGGCCAAGGGCUGCGGCCGUACCCGAUGAUGCUGAAGUCGGUGUCGCCCGACGGACAGCGGCGGGGCGGCGGCGACGACAGCGAGAUGUUUGAUGUGGAAUUUGACGAGCCGCUGUGGUUCUGGGCCGACGUGCCGCGGCGGCGGCUGGGCCGGCCGGGCGACAUGCUGUUCUGCUACGCGAUCACGACCAUGGACGGGCGCGACCUGCGGGGCGCCACCAUGGCCGACUACCGUGCGCGCAUGGGGCGCUGCAGCAUGUCCAUGCAGGCCAUUUGUUCAUGGAAGCUUGUCUAG